AUUUGUUUCGUGUAGUAGCGGUUUAUGUUGAGAUGUCUGCGGUGUUGUGCGACCUCAUUUUGAUCAAGAGGACAGGCCAAGAUGGCACUCACUAUCCAGUGUAUCUCGACACCAAAGAAUGCGUAUUCGGAAGAGAUCAUGAUUGCGAUGUGCGCAUACAGAUAAGCAACGUAUCGCGUCGCCACGCGACACUCUACGCCGGAGAAGGCAAACAGCCGUGGAUUGAAAACCUUAGUUCAAACAAGACUCUUGUCAACGACGUCGCUGUUGAAAAGGCGUGUCGUUUGUAUGAUGGCGACAUCAUCAAAAUUUCGGAUCGCUGUUUUCGGUGUGAGUUGCCAAACGGUGAGCAGCCGGUAGCUAAGCAGCCAUCGCCUCCGUUGGUUGAGACACAGAACGUGAGUGUUGUCACAUCUGAGAAAAUUGAAGCGUCAGAGAGAGUGGGAAAAGAAAGGCUGUCAAAGUCUCCUAAACUGCCCACAAAUGAGAAUCGGAAUGGUGCUUUGAAGGCUGAUUCAAAACGGGCUGCACCUGUUCCUGAAUCUGGCAGUUUUCCAGGAUCCAUUAGUCCUCGACCAAUCAGAGCACGCAAACGCAUCUCAAACCAGUCCUCAGUUAUGACUCCACGUCUCCUGAAAGGAAAGUCUACAUGUACAUGUGACCAGAAGUAUGUAUUGUCACCAGUAGAAGAGGAAACACAAUCAAGUCAUGAAACACAAUCUUUUGAAAUUGAUGUUGAUGCUUGUCAAGGAUCGUCUACUGCUACUCCUGGCCACAGACGAAGUGUUCAUUUUGGUCCAAUGUUGUCACCUGAAGAAUUCGACAACCGAUUGCCUCCCAAUACUCCUGUGAAGGUUGGCAGAACACCUACAGGAAUACGUCGAUCAUUACCUGGGAUUGUGGAUAAGCUUUGGAAUUGUCAACUAAAGAGAUGUUCUUUGACUGUCAUGCCAUCAAACAAGGAGAACACAAGUGUGAAGGAUGGUACUCAACACAGUUUUACCUUGCCUGAAGGCAGUGGCAAGGAAGGAGAGUUGAGGCAAAGUAUAGCUACAUGUAGCUCCUUCUCUAAAGAAACAGAAGCAAAGAAAGGUUGUCAUAUGAAUACAGAUUUCAUGAAAACCGUGUCUGGUGAAGAUGUUGUGCAUGAAGUGAAUAGUGAUGCUGGAACUGGGAUGUCACCAAUGGGCCAGGAAUCAGAAUCAGGAGUUCAACUGAGACAACUGAGAAAGAAGAUGGCUACACCACUUCGAAAACAAAUUCAAUCAGGCACUCAACUAACACAACUGAGGAAGAAGAUGGCUACACCACUUCGACAACAAAUUCAAUCAGGCACUGAACUGAGACAACUGAGAAAGAAGAUGGCGACACCACUUCGAAAACAUAUUCAAUCAGGCACUCAACUCACACAACUGAGGAAGAAGAUGGCUACACCACUUCGAAAACAAAUUCAAUCAGGCACUCAACUAACACAACUGAGGAAAAAGAUGGCUACACCACUUCGACAACAAAUUCAAUCAGGCACUGAACUGAGACAACUGAGAAAGAAGAUGGCUACACCACUUCGAAAACAAAUUCAAUCAGGCACUCAACUAACACAACUGAGGAAGAAGAUGGCUACACCACUUCGACAACAAAUUCAAUCAGGCACUGAACUGAGACAACUGAGAAAGAGGAUGGCUACACCACUUCGACAACAAAUUAGAUCAGGCACUGAACUGAGAAAACUGAGAAAGAAGAUGGCUACACCACUUCGACAACAAAUUCAAUCAGGCACCGAACUGAGACAACUGAGAAAGAGGAUGGCUACACCACUUCGACAACAAAUUAGAUCAGGCACUGAACUGAGAAAACUGAGAAAGAAGAUGGCUACACCACUUCGACAGCAAAUUCAAUCAGGGACUCAACUGAGACAACUGAGAAAGAAGAUGGCUACACCACUUCGACAACAAAUUCAAUCAGGCACUGAACUGAGACAACUGAGAAAGAAGAUGGCUACACCACUUCGACAACAAAUUCAAUCAGGCACUGAACUGAGACAACUGAGAAAGAAGAUGGCUACACCACUUCGAAAACAAAUUCAAUCAGGCACUCAACUCACACAACUGAGGAAAAAGAUGGCUACACCACUUCGACAACAAAUUCAAUCAGGCACCGAACUGAGACAACUGAGAAAGAGGAUGUCUACACCACUUCGACAACAAAUUAGAUCAGGCACUGAACUGAGAAAACUGAGAAAGAAGAUGGCUACACCACUUCGACAGCAAAUUCAAUCAGGGACUCAACUGAGACAACCGAGAAAGAAGAUGGCUACACCACUUCGACAACAAAUUCAAUCAGGGACUCAACUGAGACAACUGAGAAAGAAGAUGGCUACACCACUUCGACAACAGAUUCAAUCAGGGACUCAACUGAGACAACUGAGAAUGAAGAUGGCUACACCACUUCGACAACAAAUUCAAUCAGGCACUGAACUGAGACAACUGAGAAAGAAGAUGGCUACACCAUUACAAAAGCAGAUUCAGCAAGAAACAGACCUAAGAGUCACAAGGAAGCUCAUGGCAACUCCAUUGAGACAUGCUAUUGAGAAUGGCAUUCAACUGAAGCAGCUGAGAAUAAAAAGGAUUACUCCUUCGAGAAUUGCACAAACAAAGCUUGCUACUCCCAUAAGGAAACAGCUUCAAAAGGGUGUGGUAUUACGACGAGCAGUAGCAAAGACCACUGCUCCCAUCCAGAAAGUGAAGAUGAUGGAUUCUCUUCCCAUUGUUGACACAAUUGCUGGAACAGAAAUUGUUAAAACAGAGGCAAGGCAAUUGCAAGCAAAGAAGAAAGCUGCUAUAGAAAAUCGUGUCAAGUUGACAGCAUGUAGGAGAAUGAAAUCGACAAAACAGUGUGUGGUGCAGCAAGUUUUUCAUUUUUCUGCCAAACCUGCAUCUGCAAGCAGCAAUACGUGUGAACUUGUGUCCCCUUCUCCUAAACGUUCUCGCACAGUGCAGCCUAAGGAAGUCAUGUCGACCCCGAAAUUGGAUGGUCUUAAGCGUUUAAUGAAAACACCCAAAGCCAGAUUGUCUGUAUGUUCAAUGACAAGAGACUCUGUCUUAGUUCCAGAAGAUUUGUAUGAGAAAAACCUCUUUGCUACACCUCAUUUGACUCGUAAGUCUUCUACUGGUUCUACAUUGAAAACUCAAAACAUGCUCAGUGGGUCUCAAAGAAAGCGUCUACGUGGAGACAAGUCCUCUUCUUCAGGGCAUUUUGGCAUCAAUCAAACGGUCAGUCCAUCUCAGUAUGUGUUGAAAUUGGCUCAACAGUCUUCUAAUCUCGUUGGCAUCGCCAAUGUCAUAAAGAGUCCAGUCAGCCAAGUCUCUACUUAUUCUAACUUUGAAGCAAUGCCUCAGGUUAAUACAGAGCAAAUGAAGAACAAAAGUUCUCCUGAACCAGAGCAAUAUUACAACACUCAUCUCUUUGAUAUGAAACGAGUGGAUGAAGAGGAAACUGACAUGACAGGUUUUACUGAUCUCUUCAAAUCACCAUCUCCUGUUUCUUCCAUUGUUGCUAUUACAUCAACCACGAGGUCCAACAGAAGUCGAAAGAGGACAGCAUGCUACAAGGUGACGAAUACCUUGCCAGUCAAGCGAUCUCGUAACGCAGUUGUAAGAGAGGCCACUAAUGAACAUCAAAUGAUUAUUCGCACAAGGAGCAAGACUGUAAAGUCAAAACCAAUUGCAAUUGAUUUGACUGACGAUACCGUGGAGGCUUCUACUUUGCAAGUGUCAAAGACUAUCAAAGAACAGAAAAUGACAACAAGAAGUGGUUUGGCAUUUGGAAGUAUCGAUCAAACUGAUGAGUUAGCAUAUUCUGGAAAACCGUUGAAGAAAACACAAAUACAAAAACCCGUUCAACAAGCUGAUGACUCGCCUGACCAAGACAGAGCAAGAAUAACUCGCUCUAGAAGCCAGUUGAAGAACAAAGUUCAAGUAAAACAGACGGCUCUGAUUCCCCAACAAGCUGAUGACUUACGUAUCCAUGAUGACAAAGCUACAGUAACACGCUCCGGAAGACGAAUGAAGAAGAUUGAUUUAGAACGAGUUGCUGCAGCUCCAGAACAAGUUGAUGAAUCACGCAGUCAAGAGGAAGCUAUGGCAACUCGCUCUGGAAGACAACUGAGGAAGAAACAGGUAGACAAAGUAGGUCCACCACUCGAACAAGCGACUGGACCAGAUACUCAAUCCGGAGUUAGAGUAAGUCACUGUGGAAGGAGAGUGAGGCAGAAAGCUGUGAAAUUUGACGUAGAUAUCACAAGCAACACAGCACCUGUGCUCAAAACUGUUACGAUGACUCGAAGCAGGACAAGAUCUCAAGCAGCUAUUCGGUUGAACUAGACUAAUGUACUUUGCCUGUUUUCUUGUAAUUGAAUGUCACAGUAUUUUAAUAUUUCCUCGACACUUAUACCUUAUUCUAUACUUGUCUUGUACUUUUAAUCAUCAUUAAUGAGUUUAAUUAAGUGUUGCAUUAUUUACAUUGCUAACUGUCAUGUUAUUUUGUUAAGCGUGGAUUUGUUGAAAUGAAGCUACUAUUUGAAUACCGUUA